AUGCGGUCGUCAUUUGGCGAUGGCAACGCCAGCGUGUUUGCUGGACCAACCAAGAAAAUGGCAUUUGCAAAGUCUCACAUCGAGAUUCAUCUCCACAAUCACUUCCGGUCCAUGGUUUACAACACAGGAUCUCCAAUCCAAGGCGAGGUGGUGAUCAAAACGCAGCGGGAUACUAGGUUCGACACCGUACAGAUACUCCUUCUUGGGAUGACCAGGACAAAGUUUGAGGACGUUGGCUCAACGCACGUUAUGACAAACACCCUCCUCAGGCUGGAGAUGCCCGUCCCAGAGUCAAGCUACCCCACGCCAAGGAUCUUGGAGGCUGGUCACACCUAUAACAUUCCAUUCAACUUUGUUGUUCCCAGCCACCUCACGCUGAACGCCUGCGAGCACAAGGUAGAAGACAACUAUGUGCGAGAACAUCACCUGGCUUUGCCUCCGACAAUGGGUUUCUGGGAGAGGGACGACCUUUCUCCAGAUAUGGCCCAGGUCGAGUACUUGAUCAAGGCUAGGGUGCUGCGACAUGCUGAUGUCGAUGAUAACAUCAGGGCCCUGGUGGCCAGGGAGCAGAUCAGGGUCUUGCCGACUUUUCUGGAGCAGCCUCCGUUGAACGCUGAGCAUCUGGCCAAUUUUUACCGCCUCUCAAAGUCGAAGACUCUUCGCAAGAACCUACUGUCGCACAAGAUCGGCAGUAUCACAGCCUCGGCAAAACAGCCCAAUGCCGUAUUCCUUUACCCCGAUGCGCUAGGAACGACAGAGACGGUGGUCAACGUCAAGUUGGCAUUUGAGCCUGCAACAGCCGAUACUAUUCCACCUCAAGUCACCGGGAUUUCGGGCAAGAUCCUAGCGCACACAUUCUACAGCUCCGGGGCCAUGACUAACCUGCCAGAUCGCAUCCCCGAGCUUUCGAGGAGGUUCCUGACCAACCGGCAGCUUAGCUACACGGCCACUGUGCCGCUCUUCUCCGACCGUACACAGUCCAAGACGUCUUGGACCGCGCAACUGAGAAACACAGAGAGGCGAGACUCGGGCUACUCAUCCUCCGACCUGCAUGACUCCAAAGCGCAGGAGAGGUGUGCGUCCCCAAUUUACCACUUGUGCGAGGUACCCGUUCCCAUCCGGCUGCCCAGCGUGGGGAGCGCCAGGGGCGGCGGCAAGACCUUUAUCCCUUCAUUUGCGAGCUGCAUCACCUCGCGCACCUACUCUCUCCAGAUCUCCCUCACCGUCGGCGGUGCCAACUCAGGGUCGACGACACUGACCUUGUCGCUCCCGCUGCAGAUAGCGGCCAUUGCUGGAGUCGAGUCUCCGAGGCCCGAGUUGCUACCGGACUUUGAGACGGCCAUGGAGGAUGCAGAGGUUGAGUCGAUGUUGAUGCCGCGAGCGAUAACGUUUUCAGAUCUGAGGUACUCUGGAAACAGCGAGCUUCCCGGAUAUGCUUGA